UUUUUCUGCGAUUUCUCAACGAUUUUAUAAAUAAAUUUGUGAUUUUUGCAAGAAGCAAAAAGGGCUUUUUGGCGUGGAAAAAUCUCUCGAAAUUAGUAUUUGGCGGUAAGAUCUUGAGCUGCAGCGUCCACAGAAGGUGUAAAGGGAGAGAAUUGAGCUAAAAACGGGGGAAAAACAGGAAACUGAAGGAAAAUGCCCAUGAUUAAGCUGCAGUCGUCGGACGGAGAGGUGUUUGACACAGAUGUGCAGAUUGCAAAGUGCAGCGGCACCAUAAAGACAAUGCUGGAUGAUUUGGGAAUGGAUGAGGGAGAGGAUGAGAUGGUGCCUCUGCCAAAUGUCAAUUCUGCCAUCCUCAAGAAGGUCCUCCAGUGGGCCACCUACCACAAGGACGAUCCCCAGCCGGCUGAAGAUGAUGAGAACAAGGAGAAGCGCACCGAUGACAUUUCCUCCUGGGAUGCAGAUUUUCUCAAAGUCGAUCAGGGAACGCUGUUUGAGCUGAUCCUAGCAGCUAACUACCUCGACAUAAAGGGACUCCUCGAUGUCACCUGCAAGACCGUGGCAAACAUGAUCAAGGGCAAGACACCAGAGGAGAUCCGCAAGACAUUCAACAUCAAGAAUGACUUCACUCCGGCCGAAGAGGAGCAGGUUCGCAAGGAGAACGAAUGGUGCGAGGAGAAGUAAAAAAAAAGAUGACAUCCCCCAGUCUUGAAGUUUAUGUUCACCUGUUUUUGUUUCCAUCUCCCUUUCGUAUCUCAUUUCAUUGAAUUACCUCAAUAAAAAACGUGAAUUUCAAACUCA